UGGGCUGCGUGGAGUCGUCCGCUCCCUCCCACGCAGUGUACUCAAGCGGGACGAGAAGCUCGCUGGCCAUGUCCGCGGCGGAGGCGGGGGGUGUUUUUCACAGAGCCCGGGGCAGGACCCUGGACGCGUUUCCCGCAGAAAAGGAAAGGGAAUGGAAAGGCCCAUUCUACUUCAUCCAGGGUGCAGACCCACAGUUUGGACUGAUGAAGGCCUGGUCCACUGGUGACUGUGACAACGGUGGAGAUGAGUGGGGGCAGGAGAUUCGCCUAACUGAGCAAGCCAUUCAGGCCAUCAACAAGCUGAAGCCCAAGCCCAGAUUCUUUGUUCUGUGUGGGGACCUCAUCCAUGCCAUGCCAGGGAUGCCGUGGCGUAAGGAGCAGACGGAGGACCUGCAGCGGGUGCUCAGGAAUGUGGACAGCGAGAUCCCACUGGUCCUGGUCAGUGGCAACCACGACGUGGGCAACACCCCCACCCCUGAGACCAUAGCAGAGUUCCAGCAGACUUGGGGAGACGACUAUUUCAGCUUCUGGGUCGGGGGUGUCCUGUUCCUCGUCCUCAACUCUCAGUUCCUGUACGACGCCUCCCAGUGCCCUGCCUUGAAGCAGGCCCAGGACCAGUGGCUGGACCAGCAGCUGCGCGUCGCGGGGCAGCAGCAGUGCCAGCACGCCGUCGUCUUCCAGCACAUCCCGCUGUUCCUGCAGAGCGUGGACGAGGACGACGACUACUUCAACCUCACCAGGGCCGUGCGCAAGGACAUGGCAGACAAGUUCGCCCAAGCAGGUAUCAAAGCUGUGUUCUCGGGUCACUACCACAGGAAUGCCGGAGGCACCUACCAGAACCUUGACAUGGUGGUGUCGUCUGCCAUCGGAUGCCAGCUGGGCAAAGACACCCACGGGCUCCGAGUCGUGGUGGUCACCGCUGAGAAAAUUGUUCACCGGUACUACAGUUUAGAUGAGUUGAGCGAGAAAGGAAUAGAAGACGACCUGAUGGAUUUAAUGAAGGAAAAAUGAUGGCUGUUUAUGAUCCAUUCACUUUUCACUUCCACUAUUUUUUCAAUUUUGACAGAAACAGCAGCUGCACCCAACCACUUACUAAAUAUAAAAGUAUACCAGGCAGAUUGGUGAAUGUAUGUACUUUUACAUAAAUCAGAGAGCUGGGUCCUAUCCCAGCUUUAAGAAAGAGAAGGGGUUGAGGGUUGGAGCCUGGGAAUAAAAGAAUAAAUGUGCUGGAAUAUCUCUGCAUGAGUGUUUGAAUAAACUCUCCUAAUGAUGCGUUUUUCA